AUGGCUGUCGGCACUACUACCGUCUCAAAACCGAAUAUUGGUGUUUACACCAAUCCCAAACAUGAUCUCUGGAUCGCCGAUGCAAAGCCUACUUUAGAAGAAGUCCAGAAAGGCGAGGGGUUAAACCCGGGUGAAGUCACGGUUGAGAUCAGGAGCACGGGUAUUUGCGGAUCAGAUGUCCAUUUCUGGCAUGCCGGCUGCAUCGGCCCCAUGAUUGUCACAGACGACCACAUCCUCGGCCACGAAUCCGCCGGCGUCAUCAUCGCCGUUGCAGACGACGUCAAAACCCUGAAAGUCGGCGACCGCGUCGCUGUAGAGCCGAACGUGAUCUGCAACAAAUGCGAACCCUGCCUCACGGGUCGCUACAACGGUUGCGAGUCCGUCGAAUUUUUAUCUACACCCCCCAUUGAUGGCUUGCUCCGUCGAUAUGUCAACCACCCGGCUGUCUGGUGCCACAAGAUCGGAAAUAUGAGCUUUGAGAAUGGCGCGUUGUUGGAGCCACUCAGUGUUGCGUUGGCCGGCAUAGAUCGUGCUGGUGUGCGGUUGGGUGAUCCCGUGCUUGUCGCUGGCGCUGGCCCGAUUGGAUUGGUGUCGCUGCUCUGUGUGCGCGCUGCCGGUGCGUCGCCGAUAGUCAUUACCGAUAUUGAUGAGGGCCGAUUGGCAUUUGCCAAAGAGUUAGUACCAGAUGUGCGCACAUAUAAGGUUCAGUUUGGCAAGAACGCCGAAGAGAAUGCAGCUGGAAUACUGGCUGCAUUGAACGACGGCGAUGCAGAUGCUGUAGACGCUAUUCGCCCCCGCGUCGCAGUCGAGUGCACCGGCGUCGAGAGUAGCGUUGCCUCUGCGAUCUGGAGUGUCAAAUUCGGCGGCAAAGUAUUUGUCAUUGGCGUCGGCAAGAACGAAAUGCAAGUUCCCUUUAUGCGCUUGAGCACCUGGGAAAUCGACCUGCAAUACCAGUACCGAUACUGCAACACAUGGCCCAAGGCUAUUCGUCUGAUCAAGAAUGGAGUGAUUGAUUUGCGCAAGUUGGUGACGCACAGAUACCCGAUUGAGGAGGCCCUGAAAGCAUUUGAGACAGCUGCGAACCCGAAGACGGGUGCGAUCAAGGUUCAGAUUAUGAGUUCGGAGGAGGAGGUUGCCGCUGCCACGGAGGCUGCUAAGAACCUCUGA